GAAUUUGGAGAACUAGCAUCAAAUAAUAAAAGAUUUAAAUAUUUACUGGCGUUGCUUGUGUCAAUUUAAAAACGUUCGUUGCAAAAUGACGCGUGCAGCUUUAUGCAUGGUCGUCGCUUGCAUUUUAAUGCAAUGCGCUUACUCUGCCAAAUAUGAUGCAGAGAAUCGUCGCUUGAUCGUCGAUAUCAAUGAUCAAAAGACAACGAACCAACAAUAUUAUUCCUCAAACUUUGACACAAACGCCUAUCGCUAUGGCUACGAUGUCGGUAAGACUGGCAACUUCCAUCACGAGACGCGUGGUCCUGAUGGAGUUACCUAUGGCUGUUACGGUCUCAUCGAUCCUUAUCAUCUGCUCCGUGCAACACAUUACGUCGCCGAUGUGCAUGGUUAUCGCACAGUUGAGCCCGAGAAGCCAGUAGAGACUUUCCCACCGGGUCUCUACACCGAAACAAAUGGCGGCCCAUCUAAACCGGGCAUACUGCUGCAGUGGAGCGAACUCUAUUUCCCUAUUGGGUGUGGCAAGUUCGAGGGUGGCGCCAUACACGAUAUUCCCUAUUUUAUAGUGGAUGAUCACAAGAAAGGGGUAGGCACUUCGGGCUCCUCUCAUUUCACAAACACAGUGCUCAAGGGUGAGGACCAGAAGAGUUUGCCCAUAGCACAGAAGGGUCUGUUUAACACAGGCGAGGGACACAAGGAUCAAGGACCCGGCGUUCAGGCGCCAUCCUUCCAUUCAGUGGCCGCCCUACCACCAAGCGGAGCCGCCGGCAAUAACGGACAGUACGUGUCAGAUCCGAAUCCGUACAAGCAUGUUACGGGUGCUCAGGGCAAUUUCGGCCCCAAUGGCGGACCAAAUGGUCCUAAUGGUGGCUUUGGCCCCAAUGGUGGUCCAAACGGUCCAAAUGGUGGAUUUGGUCCUAACGGCGGACCAAAUGGUCCAAAUGGUGGUUUUGGACUAAACGGAGGAUUUGGACCAAACGGUCCUGCAGGACCAAAUGGCCCUAACGGCCGACCGGGACCAAAUGGCCCCAACGGCCCAGCUGGACCAAAUGGUCCUAACGGGCCUCCUGGACCUAAGGGACCUCCUGGACCCCCAGGACCUGUAGGACCAGACGGCGCGGGACAUGGAGCCUCAGGAAAACCGGUAUAUAGGGAUGGUGAUCGCACUGGAAACGGUGCUGGCAACAAUUAUAGCAAUGGCGAUCGGUAUAGUACAGGCGCCGGUGGCGGUGCUGCUGAUGGUGGUAGAUACCGUCCCGGCGCCGGAGGCGGAGCCGGCGGAGGUGAUCGUUACCAAACCGGCACGGGUGGCGGCCCUGGAGCCGGUAAUCGUUAUCAGACCGGCACAGGUGGCGCUCCCGGAGCUGGCGAUCGUUAUCAAACUGGCGCGGGUGGCGCACCCGGAGCUGGUGAUCGUUAUCAAACUGGCACGGGUGGCGCACCCGGAGCUGGCGGUCGUUAUCAAACUGGCACUGGUAGCGGUCCAGGUGCCUAUUCCACUGGUUCAGGUUCUGGCCCCAAUGCAUAUGGCACUGGAGCCGGAGCCGGAGCCAACGAUGGUGGUGCCUAUCGUCCUGGAAAGGGCAAGGGUAAUGGCCCUACCGGUUCAGGUCAUGGUAACAAUAAUGCUCCGGGACAUGGCGGCCAUGUCGGUGGGGGUGAUCACUCCGGUGCUCCGUCUGGUAAUAAUGGCGCUUAUACAGAAGUUUAUACGCACACAAAUACCGGUUUUCCUGGGGCCAGCAAAUACGAAUCAGGCCGCGGUAAGAAUCAAUAUAAUGGACGUUAUACUGCUGAGUCUACCAAUGGUAAAUACUAUCAUGAUAAUUCUGGCAAAUAUGUGCACAUUGAAGGCCCCACUGGACCACCAGCGCCACCAUAUGUCCAUAUUGUUGGUCCUGAGGGCGGCUAUGGCGGUGAAGGAGACGGCGGCGGUGUCGGACCAGGCGGCCCCAAUGGCCCUGGCGGACCAAAUGGACCCAAUGGACCAAACGGACCCCCCGGCCCACCCGGACCACCUGGCCCACCCGGACCACCUGGACCUGAUGGACCCACUCGCCCUGGACCUCCAGGCCCACCCGGACCAAAGGGACCCGAAAUUGACCGCGGAAACGACCAAUUAGGCCCACCUGGACCUCCCGGCCCACCCGGACCCGAUCGUCCCGGACCCCCCGGCCCACCUGGACCAUUCCCAACUGAUCCUCGCCAUUCGGACAAGGAGACACCUGGCUACCUGCCACCAGUCAAGAAGGGUAACAAUAAGCCACCACCAUCUCAAGUCAUUGAAUUCGAGCCACCAACUUUCAAGCCAAAUUAUGAAACUCAUGAUAAUUACGUGCCGAAGAAAGUUACUACUAAGCCACCACUAACCUAUAUUCCUCCUUCUUUCCCCACUCCCGCUCCUGUUCCCACCACAAAGGUCCCGGUUAUCACUACUAGGCCAACCGUACGUCGCAUUACCACUCCAGUACCAACGGGUAAUAUACAUAUCCCUAAGACAACACAACCGCCACCACUCAUUAUUAGCACUACGACAUACAGACCACCACUUCCACCAACUACGACAUACAGACCACCGACCAUUGUAGAGACUCCCAAAAAAGUUAUAACCCAUACAUCUCCCCCCAGAGACACUUGCGUUUGCGACAAUGCGCACUCAUCAAAAACAACCUUUACCUCCUCCACCACAAAUACCUAUCCCAAUCCGGCCUCAAUCGACUUUAACAAACAAUUCACCGGCUUCAAUGGAAACACGAAUUUCGGCAGCAUAAUGAGCGCCAUGUCCCUAACCCAACUGCCCGCCAUACCACAACGGCCUGGCCAACCGGCCUUCUAUCCACCAGACAAGAUUCCAAAGGGCGCUAUCGUCGCCUUUAUGCCGGUGGUCCUAUUGCCAGAAGAGUUCUAUGCCAAUUGCAAUGAGAAUAUCGCUGAGAAAUUUCAGGGUGUGCAACCAUCUUUCAGUUUGCACUCAGUCUUCACGGGCGGCGCACCCAAGGAUCAAUGCAUGUGCCCUUGCUCCUGCACCCAAAACAAAUUGCACAAACGUGAGACAAACCCCGAUGAUGCUGUAGAAGCUAAGCCUGUUAAGGUAGAGGAAGAUCUGGUAGCGGAAGCUGAUACCGUUGUUGAAGUUAAGGUGGCAGCACCAGUCGCAGCUUCAGAGGAAAUCAAAGCUGAAGCCACAUCUUCUUUUGAGGAGGGAGUGGAUACACCAGCAACUCCAUUAGAAGUACCAGAAGCUGCUGCAUCUACUCCAGUUGAAGUUAAAGUAGCAGCUCCUGAAGUUAAGGUUGACGUAGUACCCGUUGCUGACGCCGCCACACCAGCUGAAGUUAAAGUGGAAGCUCCCUUAGUGCUCUCCGCUGUGACCGCUGAAGCUGCUCCUGCGACCACGAACUAGACGAAUGAACUUUGACUACGAAACUUCCUAAUCCCAGUUCCCGAUCCCUGCACCACCAACAACCUCAGCACAAUUCCUUACAGUCCGCCGCUCCUGCAACUAAUCCCAGCUUAAAGAGCUUAAGCUAAGAAUACUCUAUCACUUUCUCUUAGACCAGGCAAAAGGGCACAUGAAAAAAUGUUAAGAAAAAUGUUAAAAGUGCCUGAAAGUAUGUGUUCAUUUAAUUCUCAAAUAUUGCACUUAGUCUCUGUUAACUUUGCUUUCUAACUUCAAACGUUAAAUUUUGUGGCAGAAAAAAAAUAGGAAACAAUGGAAGAAAUUGUUUUGUGACAUGUUGUUUAUUAUGCAUUUUUGUAAUUC